CGUACAUAUGGAGUUUUAAUACAACAAAAUCACGUGACAGGAAAGCCCCAGCCCUCAUGCGUCAUCCUGCGAGAAAUAUAUUUAUAUAUGUACGGAAGUAGCUUCGAACUUAUCAACUAGAACCAAAAGACAAGGUGACGUCUUCCAGAACAGCUUCCAAAAAUGGCACUUUUCUGACUUUCUUUUUUACGUUUAAAAAACAAAAAAACAUUUGAUGGUCAUCGCCGCAAUGGUGCACAUCCACAGCACCAUCCUUUUUUUCUUUGCUGCAUGCUGCCGGUUGCGUUUGGCGUUUUGUUUGGACCACUGCGGACAUUCGCUUCAAGUGUUGGACAGCGACGUGGGCGAGAUCAGGAGUUCCACUUACCACACUUACUCCUACCGUUUCGGUUCCACGUACGACUGCUGGCUCAUUAAAGGUUCCGUGGGAGAACCGGUCGUCCUCAGCUUCUCGCAGUUUUCGGCUCGGUGUAGGAAGGAGUGGCUGUCCAUCAAAUCGUCGGCCAGCGACACGCCGCUCGUUCUUUGUGGUUCAAAAUUGCCGCCGCCGAUGGAAUUCCCGUGGGGAAAUAUCACAGUGGUGCAUCACUUCUUGCCGCAUAUAUACCCAGUGUCGUCAUUUCGCUUGAGUUACGCCAGAGAUGGCUACUCUGGCGAAUGCCCACUGACGUCGUUCGAAUGCCUGAGUGGUCGUUGCCUCCCCCUAGCGUGGCGUUGCAACGGGCAGGUGGAGUGUCUGGGGGAAGGGGACGGACUCGGCACGGACGAGGAGGACUGUGGUGCUGAAGCGAUCCCGACCGGAACCGCGGAGAGGAACGGUGUCGGGGACUUUGAGGAUGAAAGUUCCUUUUUGAAAAGCCUGGAGGUUCACAAGUCCCAGGCGCAGGAUAGGAAAGAACCUGUCGUAACGCCCACUCCCAUCGAGUGGGCGUGCGGAGGACUUCUUCAGACCUUCUACGGGACUUUCUCUCCUCCUGCUCCUCGGGGCAUUCCUUUACUCUGCAUUUGGACUCUGGACCCGGAAGACCCCCGUCCCUUGAGGCUGGACCUGCAGCAGCUGGUGCUAGGACGUGGGGACACGCUCACGGUCCGGAACAGAGCGCAAGGAAAUGGAGACGUCAUUAAAAUUAUCACGAGCGCCUCCAAUUAUAAAUCGGUGCAAGUGGAGUCCCGCACCGGUCUGCUGUCUCUGACGUACGUGACGCUUCCCGGCUCGGAGGGAAGCGGAUUCAACGCGACCUUCCGUGUGGGGGGCUACUGCCCGCCCUGGGAAGGUCGCUGCGGCGGCUCCUCGGGGGGCUGCUUCACACGGGAGCAACGCUGCGACGGUAAAUGGGAUUGCCCCGAGACCGGCAAGGACGAGGAGGGUUGCCGGGGCUGCGGCAGGGACCGCUUCGCCUGUGGGAUCCCGGGCCAGAGGCCGGCGACGUCCGGACGCUUCGCCGGACGACCCGUGUGUUACAACGCCAGCGAGCGCUGCAACUACCAGUUAUAUUGUCCCGACGGUGGCGACGAGAGGGACUGCACGGUGUGCCAGCCCGGAACAUUCCACUGUGACAGCGACAGGUGCGUGUUUGAGAGCUGGCGAUGCGACGGCCAGGUGGAUUGCAAGGAUGGCACGGACGAACUGAACUGCACCAUUACCCUGCCUCGCAAGGUCAUCACCGCGGCGACGGUGGGCAGCCUGAUUUGCGGGCUGCUGUUGGUCAUCGCUAUGGGCUGCACCUGUAAGCUGUACUCGCUGCGGACCAGAGAGUACAGCAUGUUUGCGCCGUUCAACCGACAUGAGGCGGAGCUGAUUCAGCAGCAAGCACCGCCCUCUUACGGUCAGCUGAUUGCACAAGGCAUUAUACCCCCAGUAGAGGACUUCCCUACAGAGAGCCCCAAUGAGACUUCACCCUUAUCCCUGAGGGGAAUACUCCAGCUCCUUCGCCAGGACGCAGUCACGUCCCCGCACCGGAGACGCCGGCCCCGCUUCAUCCGCCGCGCCGUCCGCCGCAUGAGGAGGUGGGGUCUGAUUCCCAGGCAGCCGUCACGACCCUCUCAGGAGCCCGACGCAGGGCAGCGGCCGCCCGACGGGGCUCCUCCAUACCGGGAGCCGUCUCGCGUCGCUCCCGCCGGCUCCUCGUCUUCCGCAGAAUCCGCCGACCGACCUGCGUCUCGGAAAUUGGGCCUGUCGCCUCAGGCUCCGCCUCCAUCGUCGGUUUCCCCGCCUCCGCCUCCGUACGCGCCGCCCGCCCCGCCACUGGUGACGCCGCGAGCGACCGCCCCGCCGAACGUUCCCUCUCUGGCCUCCAUCUUCCACACGCUGAGCCUGAGCCUACCCUUGUUCAGACCGUCGCCCUCAUCCUCGCCCGGCAAUUCCGUGCCUCUCUCGGCCUCCCCUUCCUUCUCCUCGUCUUCUUCCUCGGACGACGACGUGCUGCUCAUCCCGCUCGCCGACGCCGCCUCAGACACCACCUCGGACACCACCUCGGACGAUGACGUGCCCAUGCUCACUUGAAACUAGUGCCUUUUUUCUGUUGUUUAAUUGCUUUCGGAAUUUGAAAUCAAGUAUUUUACCAUUUAGAAGAGCAACUUGAAGACGAUUUAGAGCAGUGUUUCCCAGAUAUUUAUCCAAAACGUCGCAGAAAGAUCAAGAUUUUGACACAAGUCCGGAGACGGUCUUCAGAAAAUGUGUACCACUUUCCCUAUUUAAGUGCCUUUUUUAAAUCCCACCCCCUCACAGAUGGUUCCCCGACCUCCACGCUGCACAGAACACGCACUGUCUCGCUGGCAAUAACCCUUCAGAUGCGGGUUUUAGUGCUGUUUUCCCUCAACCCUUCACAAGACUGUAUGCAAAUGUGUCCCUUUGAUGGUGGUUUUUAGGAUGUGUGUGAGAGAGAUUGAGACCGCAACCCCCUCCCCGGUUCAUUUUGACACUCGUGCCAUUUGGAUAAUUACUCGUCGCUUUUUGUGGAAUGUAUCGAAUAGCUCGGAGAUUUUUAACUUUGCAAUUCAUCGAGAUGAGAAGUUUAUUAGGGUCAAUUUCACUGUAUAUAAGUCAAAAAUGUGGCUGCGAUUAAACGAUUUGCACUUUU